AUGUCGAUUCAAAAUCAUGAUCUCAAUCUCCGAGUGUAUGAACAUUUUUACACUCAGUUCGAGUCGGACACCAUUUUUGAAGAACUUUCAUUGCUUCCAUUUAAUAGCAUAUGGGUAACAAUUUAUGGGAGGAAGUAUACUCCAAAACGUAAAUCCUAUGCGUUUGGAGAUGCCGGUGUGGACUAUUGCUAUUCAGGAACAUCCAAUCCUGCCAACGAAUGGACACCACUCAUGGAAAAGAUUCGACGUGACGUUUGCAAGUUUACGGGAAUCGCCUACAACUAUGCACUCAUUAAUUACUAUUCGGAUAGCAGCGUUGGAAUUGGACAACAUAAGGACAACGAAAGUUCGCUCGAUGAAGAUAUUCCAAUUACAGCAUUAAGCUUCGGUGCUACAAGAACUCUACAGUUUGAAAGACGUGGUUAUCCAACAUAUCAUCUGCUCUGCAAACAUGGAGACUUGUACCAGAUGUUAGCUCCGACGAAUAAACACUACACCCAUGGAAUCAAGCCUGAAUAUCAAGUGACAGGUUCUCGAAUAAGUAUUACCUUUCGAAAAAUCAUUGUUAAAACUCGAGAGGAUCCUCUGAAACCUGCUGAUGAUGCGCCCCACCAGUCUGAGAUGUGCGCCCUUGGCAACCCACUCCCGCAGAUGCAGCAUGAUCCACUUCAACAAGUACGUCCCGUCGACGAUGAGAAACCCGAAGAAGUUGAUGUAUCGACGCCCCCGCUGAACGAUGAAUCUGUGGAGCCCCCGCGAAAGCGUGCAAGAUCGCGUAAGCCCUCUUUAGAGUUUUUUGAGCAAGAGUUGCCACCUCUUUCUCACACGCCGCGUAGUGUAUUGAAAGUGACACUUCCGCCUGCUAUGUCACCAACAAAGUUGAUCGAAGAAAACAACUCCCUGCGGAUUCCCGAUGUGAGUGAAGAAACAUCUUUGGAGUCGCCUUCAAUUCUUCCUUCCGAUGACUGGCUGGGCAUAUAUCUAAAAAGUGCAUUUCCCGAAUUUGGAAAGAAACAAUUUUUUGUGUAUGACAUACAAUGUGGAAUACAAAUUAAUAUUUUGUUAGAGACAAAUGGUGAUGUUAAUGUGCAGCUUGAGGAUAUGCUAAAUCAAUCUUCCAUUAAUUUCACCCCUCGUGCAUGGGUUGACUUUACGGAAAAAAUAUGGAGCUUUAACUUUAAAUAUAUCGAAAGCAGUUUCAUCGCCGCCAAUGAAGUGAUGGUUAUUAAUUGUAUAUGUCUGUCUAAAUGA